AUGGACGCACAGAACUUAGCGAAUGCACAGCAACCUGGACAACCAAACCCAGAGAAUAUUCCAAAUGAAGUUAGAAUACAAACUGCAAUGGCAAACUAUGGUCAAGUGCCAACAGAUGUACAAAUGCAAACUGCCAUGUCAAAUGACGCUGCGUUAGGUUUGCCACCAUGGUAUGCAAAUAUGAGAUGGAAAGAGUUUUAUACAAACCCUGAAGUGGGAUAUAAACAACUUUAUGCAGAUGACGCGAACACAGGAAAAAACCAGAAUUUUCGAAAAAGUGACACCAACUAUUAA